AGCAUGGAUAUUAAAAAUGAAAUUCAUUGUUUGAAAACUAAAUUACUUUUCAAACCGAAAAAUGAUGGCAAAAUUUUUCCCAUUUUCAAUCAUAGUUUUUAUUGCUAUUUCGACUGUUUUUGCUUUCGAUGAUAUCGAUUCGUCAAAAUGUAGUUCGGUGCGAUAUGAAGAUCGAAUUGAUUGUCAUCCUGAUCCACCUGUUUCACGCGAAAAUUGUCUCGAACGUAAAUGUUGUUGGCAAGAACUUGAAAAUUCAUCAAUCGCCAAUCAACAAUCGUCGAAUCUUCCAAUAUUACCGAAAAUCGGUAUUCCAAGCUGUUAUUUUGGUAAAAAUUAUGUUGGAUAUCGGGUGGAAAAUUCCGAUCAUUCAUCAUCAUCAUUAUCUUUGAAUUUGAAACGUAUAAAAUCAUCAGGAUUUUUAUUCGACAUUAAAAAUGUUAAAGUAAAUAUUGAAGAAUUAAGUGAUAAAGUUGUACGGAUAAGAUUUACCGAUAAUGAUGAUCCGAAUAGAUUUGAAGUACCUAUACCGAAACUUAAUCUACCUAAACGAUCAUCAUCAUCAUCACCAUCAUUAUUAUAUAAUGUAUCGAUUGUGGAUAAUAAUCGUUUGAUCAUACGAAGAUUAGAAACAAAUCAAUCAAUUAUCGAUAUAAAUUUGGCUCAAUUAAUUUAUUCGGAUCAAUUUAUUCAGGUAACCACACGAUUACCAUCAAAUUAUAUAUAUGGUAUUGGUGAACAUCGUGCACCAUUUCGUAAAUCAACAUAUUGGACACGUUAUACACAAUGGGUUAGUGGUUUAUAUCCGCGACCAGAUCAUGCUUUGUAUGGUAAUCAUCCAUUUUAUUUGGUUGUUGAAGAUGAAAGUCCAUCAAAAUCGGCAAGCGGUGUUUUCCUGUUCAAUAGUAAUGCUAUGGAUAUUAUAACACAACCAUCACCUGCAAUAACUUUCCGAACGAUUGGUGGAAUAUUGGAUUUUUUUGUAUUUUUUGGCCCAAAACCAGAACAAGUUGUUCAACAAUAUCACCACUUGAUUGGUUUACCUGCAAUGCCACCAUUUUGGUCAUUAGGUUUUCAUCUAUCACGAUAUGGUUAUAAUAAUUUUACCAAUUUGAAUGAAACAUUUACACGUAAUAUUCAGGCAGGUGUACCAUUAGAUGUUCAAUGGACUGAUAUUGAUAUGUUUGAUUCAUUCAAUGAUUUUACAUAUGAUCAUAAACAAUUUAAAGAAUUACCUGAUUUUAUUGAUAAUGUAUUACAUGCAAAUGGAAUGAAAUUUAUACCAAUGUUUGAUUGUGGUAUUUCAGCUGGUGAACCGAAAAAAUCAUAUCGUCCAUAUGAUUAUGGUAUUGAAAUGGAUUUAUUUAUUAAAAAUUCAACCGAUCAAUUAUUUUUGGGAAAAGUAUGGAAUAAAAAUACAACAGUAUGGCCGGAUUUUAGUCAUCCAAAUGCAAUAAAAUAUUGGUCGGAUAUGUUUGCUGAAUAUUAUAAAACAAUUAAAUUUGAUGGUGCUUGGAUUGAUAUGAAUGAACCAACAAGUUUUUGGAGUGGUCAAGAAAAUGGUUGUCCAGAAGGAUCUCGUUAUGAAAAUCCACAAUAUGUACCUGGAAUGGUAAAUGAAAAUCUUACAUUAAGAUAUAUGACUUUGUGUAUGACAGCAAAACAUUAUCACGAACAAUUACAUUAUAAUCUACAUAAUUUAUAUUCAUUAUCUGAAGCAAUAGCUACAAAUGCUGCAUUGACCAAUCUAAAAAAACGUCCAUUCAUUUUAUCUCGGGCAACAGCACCAGGACAUGGUCAUUGGGCUAGUCAUUGGGAUGGUGAUAUUGUAUCCGACUGGUCAUCAAUGCGUUGGUCAAUAUCAUCCAUAUUGAAUUUUAAUCUAUUCGGUAUACCGAUGGUUGGUGCAGAUAUUUGUGGAUUUAAUCUAUCAACUACUGUUGAACUUUGUACACGUUGGCAUCAACUGGGUGCAUUCUAUACAUUUGCACGUAAUCAUAAUGAUAUUUAUUCAAGUGAUCAAGAUCCAGCUGCAUUAGGUGGAACAGUAUUAAAAGCUGCAGUUAGUUCAUUAUCUGUUCGAUAUGUAUUGUUGCUCUAUUUAUAUACAUUGUUUUAUAAUGUCCACCAAAAUGGUGGUACAGUAUUACGACCAAUGUUUUUUGAAUUUCCCGAUGAUAAACAUUCAUAUGAAAUUGAAACACAAUUUAUGUGGGGUGAUUCAAUUUUGAUUGCACCGAUUCUAUAUCCAAAUCAAACAGAGCAUAAAGUUUAUCUACCAAAAGGUACAUGGUUGAAAACGGAUCAGUUGAUAAUCAAAAGUCAAGGACAAUAUUUUACAAUACAGGAUAGAUUAGAUCUUGUUAAUUAUGUUUUUUUUCGUGGUGGUUCCAUAAUACCGCUGCAACAUUUAGAAAAAAAUACUAAAUUGAUGAAUUCGAUAGAUUUUGGCUUAUUUGUUAUAUUGGAUCGACAAAAUUCUUCUGCAUAUGCAAAAGGAUCUCUUUAUUUAGAUUCAGGUGAUAGUCUGGAUCCAGUGAAAAAUGGUCAAUAUAAUUUCUAUAAUUUUGAAGCUAAAAAUAAUACAUUAUUGAUUCAAUCCGAAUGGUUAGGACAUAAAACAUUACAAAAUAUUGAUCCUAUUAUAAUUUUUGAGGUACUGGAAGAACCUAUUUCUAUUCGUGUAAAUGGAAAUGAAUCAAUAAUCAAAGGUUUUUCUUAUAAUAAAAAUGAAAAAUCAUUAUAUGUGCCAACCAAAUUACCAAUUUAUAAUGAAAAAUCAUCAUCAACAACAACAACAAAUGAUCAUCAUCGUAUUCAUUAUCUAAUUGAAUGGUAA